AUGUCAGCAGGACCUGCACCGCCUAACCCAGGCGCCCCCAAGAAGCCCCUUGGAGCACCAUCAGCAGCGUCUGGGUUCGGGCGUCGAUUCGCGCUAGGUGGAAUAGCAGUCGCCGUCGUAUAUGCCCUCCUUCCCACCAGAGCACCCAAACCAUCAGGCUCACCAGCCGAAGCGAUAAAACCACCGGGGGUCAAGAACAUUGAACGGGCGUAUACAAAUGGUGGCGCAACACCCACACACACCCCAGGGUAUGGCGGAACUGUUCAAGGCAAGGGAAUAGAUGCACCACGAAGAGAAAGCUCUGGGACCGGCAAGCCAGGAGGAUUCGAUCAGCCCAAUAUUGGCUACGAUCAGCGGAGGGACCGGCCAACUAAGGCAGAAGAAACCUUCAAUGAGAUUCAAUAUGGCAGUAGCAAAGGGAAAUAA